AUGAAUGCCAAGAUUUUAUAAAUAAUUGAAUAAAUUAGGCUCUUUUAAUUUGAAUUGAGUUUCAAAAUUUAAGAGAAGACCUCUAAUUCCAGUGUUAGUAAAAUCAAGUGUGGAAAUAUAUGCAUCUUUAAGUUGAGCCAUUAUUUUAGUAAAACAAAAAAAUGUAUCUGCUUCAUUUUUAAUGAUCAAAUACAAUGGGGCAAGCAAAUCACUCAUUCCUUACAUAUAUUUAAUGGCUGGGUUAAGUUUACCAUAUAUAUAUAGAAUUCGAAUGAGUAUAUCUUAAUGUAUAGGUAAAGUGUUAUUUUAUAAUUUUCUCCUUUUAUAUUAAUCAGUAAAAAAGUAUUAAGAGAACCUGGCAUUUGUUUGAUCUUUCAUCAUAGAUUACUUCGAUAAUGUACGACUUAAAAUUAAAAUAUAUUAAGAUACGGAACAUCUUUUUCAAUCAUUUCAUAUAGUUGCUCAUUUUAGAUAUAUUCAUUAUAAUCCAUACAUGAAUUGAUAACUUGGGUUCUAAUGGUUUAGAAUGAACUAAAACUGAGAGAAUUCUGA